AUGGCGCCGAGCGGGGAAUACGUGCACAUCAUCGAUGGAAUCGACGUGCGAUUCCCGUAUCAGCCCUACCCAUGCCAGACGGUGUACAUGGAAACGGUCAUCAAGGCCGUCAAGAAUGGGCAGAACGCGCUGCUGGAGUCCCCCACCGGAACGGGCAAGACGCUGGCGCUGAUGUGCUCUUCGCUGGCGUGCCUGUGGCACUCGAGAUUCAAGGAUGCCUCUGCCUUUAAGCUCAACAGCCUGGACGGGUCGUGCGAGGCCUCGCUGCUCAGCACCAUCUCCGACCUCCGGAGCUCGCUGCAGGGCGGCCCCAAGGGUCCGAAGGGCAAGGCUUCGAACAGCCUGCGCAUCAUCUACGCCUCGCGCACGCACAGCCAGUUGAAGCAGGUGAUCCGGGAGGCCAAGAAGAGCUCCUACACCAAGGAGUUCGCAGCGAAGGGGCUCACCACCAUCGUGCUGGGGUCCCGCGACCAGCUGUGCAUCCACGCCGGGCGGCGCAACGCCACCGGCGAGGCGCUGAACAACUUCUGCAGGAAGCUGGUGCAGGGCCAGGGGUGCGUGUACUACAACGGCCUCAAGAAGUACAAGGGCAACAGCAAGCUGCAGUUCUACGACUUCAUUGACAUCGAGGACCUGGUGAUGCUGGGAAAAUCCCAGAAGUGCUGCCCGUUUUACGCCAGCAGGGAGGCGCACGAGACCGCGGAUGUCACGCUGCUGCCGUACAACUACCUGCUGUCGCCCCGGUCCCGGGAGGCCAUGGAGAUAAAGCUGUCGAACUCCGUGCUCAUCAUCGACGAGGCGCACAACGUGGAGAGCGUCGCAGAGGCGGCGGCGACCUUCGCCGUGCGGCAGGUGGACAUCGCGCGUUACCUCAUGGCGCUGCGGCGGUUCGCCGCGGCGCACAAGAAGGCCAUCGACGCCCAGGACCCGGCGGCGCAGCUGGAGGGGCCGGCGAUCGACUUCUCGGCCAUGGCCAAACUGGCCGUGGCGCUCAAAAACUUCGACGCGUUCCUGACGAACCUGAAGCUCGGCACUUACUCCAAGGACAGCCCGACAUCGCAGUCGAUGGGGCUGGAUCUGUGGCAACUGGCGACCAUCAAGCGGGAGCACGCUGUGGUCAAGGGUGUCGACGUGCUGCAGUAUCUGAUGAAAAAGAUCGGGCUGUACGAGCUGCGUAACAUGAAGAUCGACGAGGUGAUCAAAAGCUGCAUCUCGGUGCUGUCCACUAACGUCGACGACAUCUCGUACGCGUACCAGGCGUACUACGACAACGCCAAGACGCUGCAGGAGGACCUGCAGGCGCUGACUGGGCUCAUGCUCUUCUUCCAGCACGUGUACUCGAAGGAGCUGCUCGCGUGCCCGGAGUACUUCCACGUCUUCGUGACGCACGACACGUCGUUCGGCGCCCAUAAGCAGCAGGAAGCGGCCAGCGCGUCUCCCGACAAAUCCGGCACGGCUGGAGGCGGUUGGAAGAGCAAGGGGCUCCAGAGGGGCGGGGACGAGACGCCCGGCAGCGCACCUGCUGAGGAAGGCCCGCUCCCGAAGAUCAUGACGUUCGAGUGCCUGCAGGCAACCCCCUCCUUUCUCCGCCUCAAGAACGACGGCGUGAGGUCGAUCCUGCUCACCUCGGGCACGCUGUCGCCGCUCAGUGACCUGGAGAAGAACAUCGGCGAUGACAAGAUAUCGUUCGAGUACAAGCUGUCGAACAAGCACGUCGCGCCGGCGUCGCACGUCUGCGCCAGGGUCAUCACCGGCACGGCCGGUGACCCGCAGAUACUCUCGUCGGCGUUCAACACGCGGUCGACGCCCGCCUACAUCAAGGCGCUGGGCGAGUCGCUGCUCACGUUCGCCAAGUGCGUGCCGGCGGGCGUCCUCGUCUUCUUCGGGUCGUACCCCGUCAUGGAGUCGACCGUCAAGGCGUGGAAGCGGACUGGAAUCUACUCGCACCUCGAGAAGGAAAAAACGAUCUUCGUGGAGGCCAGGGGGGCGUCGAGCGCCGCCUCGGCGAUAGUCGACAACAAGUUCACCCACGGCGGUGCCGACCCGACGCAGGCGCAGCUCAAGGAGUACAACGACCUCGUGUCCAAGGGCCGGGGGUGCGUGUUCAUCGGAGUGUGCCGCGGCAAGAUCGCGGAGGGCAUCGACUUCUCGGACGACGCCUGCAGGGGCGUGUUCAUCUGCGGCGUGCCGUACCCGAACCCCUACGAGGACAACGUGGCGCUGAAAAUGGACUACCUGUCCAAGGGCGCCGAGCGCGGCAAGGGUGAGGAGGUGAUGUCGCUGUGGUACAACUCGCAGGCGAUUCGCGCGGUCAACCAGGCGGUCGGCAGGUCCCUGAGGCACAUAAAGGACUACGGCGCCGUGGUGCUGGCCGACCGCAGGUACGCGCUGUCGAACCUCAGGAAGGGCAUCAGCGGCUGGGUGACGAGGAACAUGGAGAUCAGCGACACCAUGGCGUCGUGCGAGCUUGACCUGCGUAACUUCUUCGGGCAGUUCGCGAGGGAGCCCAGCACCCCGACGCCGCGCGGGUCCUCCGUGCACAUUUUACCGCGCUUCUUCACCUCCAUCACCGACUCGCUGUCGCCGUCGAAGCGCAGCGAGGACGCGGACAGCGACCUGCUCAGGUUCAAGAGCCGCCGGAUAUGCUCCGACGAUGGGACCGGGAUCGCAUCGUCGCUCAGAUCGGGGUCGCAGGUCACUGCCUUCGCCAACGGGUUCAUGACCAACCCCACCGUCAUCGCAAAAACGCAGCCACCCGCCCCCAAGGACGCGGCAGCCCCGCCAUCGGGCUGGGACCUGCUCAACUCAUGGUCCAACGGGGACUCAAUCACGCUAACAAAGUUCAGAAAGCCCUGA